AUGUAUCUCCAUCGAUGUUUCACUUACGCUCUAGCACAAAAUAAAGGCAAUAGCUUAGCUUUAACUAAAGCAAUUGAAAGUAUACCCUAUCAUGCUUUUAAUGAUCAUUCCAAAUGUAGUACCUGGUGUGGUUAUAAGACAGAUCCGGAAAACUAUGUGCAUAAGGUUAUCCUAGGAGGUUUUGAAGAUCAAAUAUUAUUAAACGAACUAAAAAGUAUAUUUGAUAAAUUAGCAGCGAAUGCUCAAAAAUUUUGUAAUGGUGUAUCCAGUAAUGCCAAUGAGAGUCUAAAUGCUAUGAUGGCUAGCAAAGCUCCAAAAUCAAGAUGUUAUAGCAGAACUGCAUCUGCUGAUUAUCGUUUUGCAUGCGUGGUAGGACAGGAGAAUGUUGGGGAAAGAUACACGCAAAAAAUGGCCCUGUCACCAGGUAAACAUCACACACGCGACGUUCUUUCCAAAGAUAAAGCCUUAUUGAAAAGACGUGCAUUAAUAAGAACUCAUGCGUAUAAAAAACGUCGAAUGCAGCUGAAAAAACUUCGUACCAUGCUAGGGCAUAAGAAAAAAAAUCAAGAAGGAGUUACAUAUAAGAGCAAUUGUUCAUUAUUGACGGAAUCUGCGGUACCAGAAAAUGGAGCCGAGUGUGAAGAUGCAAAUUUAGAAGACGAUAAUUGUGAAAUUCUAAUCAUUAUUCUGGAUUUAGAAACUUCUGGGUUUGAGGCUGAUUGCGAUAUUCUUCAAAUUGCUGCUAAAUGUCAUGCGAAUACUUUUUCAACCUACAUGAAUCUAGUCCAACAAAUUUCUACAAAGGCAAUUGAAGCCCAUAGAUUGAAAAUGGGAUCUAUGCAUCGUGUUCUAGUUUAUUUAACGGGAAAUCUUCUUCUCUACUGA